CUUGGUUGGUUGUUUUUGGAUAUUGAGCCUUGUCGAGUGGAUUCAUAUUUUUUUUUUUUUUUUUUUUUUUUUUUUGUGGAACGACAUGGUUAUUAUUGCAAUCCGGUGAACGUGAGAGCGGUUCUUAUUUAAUUUCCAUAUACUUUACUUGUUUUUUUUUUUUUUUUACAGUUCGUUACGCCGGCGUCUUUAACAGAUAAAAUUGGUUGCAUACAGUGUAAAACUUCAGUUCACAUUUUAGAUGCUUUUGCUAGUUUUCGAGAGGACUGCAGGGAUACCUGUUAAGAAUAACAACACAUUUUGUUUUACAACGUGUGUUUUGAUCGUACACAUGCAACGUUGCAGAGUUGCGCCGAGUCCAAGGAUCUAGAAAACACGAUUUGAGUUUAAUUUUAAACUUGUCUUCUUAAAUGGAUCGCCAUUCCAGUUUCAUUUCCAUUUGGCUGCAACUGGAACUGUGUGCCAUGGCAGUACUUCUGACAAAAGGGGAGAUAAGAUGCUACUGUGAUGCAGCACAUUGCGUGGCAACAGGUUACAUGUGUAAGUCAGAGUUAAGUGCCUGCUUCACCAGGCUUCUGGACCCACAGAACACAAACUCCCCUCUCACGCAUGGCUGCUUGGACCCUUUUGCAAACACAGCAGACGUUUGCCAUGCCGGAAGGACAGAGAGCCGCGCUGGGGCCUCGGAGAAGCUCGAGUGUUGUCACGACGAUAUGUGCAAUUACAGAGGACUCCAUGAUGUUGUUUCGUAUCCCAGGGGGGAUGGCUCAGAUCAUGGAACAAGAUAUCAGCCCGACAGCAGCAGGAAUCUUCUCACCAGGGCGCAGGAUUUAACAUCCUCCAAAGAGCUGUGGUUCAGGGCUGCCGUGAUCGCUGUGCCUAUCGCAGGGGGACUCAUUCUAGUGCUUCUCAUCAUGCUGGCCUUGCGGAUGCUUCGCAGUGAAAACAAGAGACUGCAGGACCAGAGGCAGCAGAUGCUGUCCCGCUUGCACUACAGCUUUCAUGGACACCACUCGAAGAAGGGCCAGGUAGCCAAACUGGACUUGGAAUGCAUGGUUCCCGUAACCGGACACGAGAACUGCUGUAUGACUUGUGACAGAUUGCGACAGUCGGAACUCCACAAUGAUAAAGUGCUGUCUUUAGUUCACUGGGGAAUGUACAGUGGUCACGGGAAGUUGGAAUUUGUAUGACCCCCCCCCCACUUCCCCCACCCCCCUCUUUGAACUUGAACCUAAACUAAAAAAAAUAAUAAUAAAAGAAAAUGAAGCAAAGCUUAUAGGUUCUGCUAAGGAGCACUUUACUUGAAAUAAGACAGUUCAUGUGGAAAUGUAAUUUAAGUGGAAAGAAGAGAAAAGGGACCCGUGCUUUGUGGGGACACAAAGGAUCCUUAACUUUUUUUAUUUCUUUUUUAAUUUACUGAAGGAUUCCAAAUAUGGUCUUAUUUUGCACACUUUGUAUUAAAGUAUGUUAUUUGCUUUAAAGAAAAAUAGAAGAAAUGCACACUAAUACCAGGGUAAAACAAAGGACACGAAUGAGGAGUAAAAACAGUAGAGAAGUGUAAACUGUACAGUAUGUGCACUUCUCUUUGUACGAUUCUCCUUCCUGUUUUAUUGUAAAGAUUUAAAAAAUAUAUAUAUAUUUUUGUCAGAUAAAAAAAAAAGAAAAAAGUGUGGUCUGUUUUUACGAGGGCGUCCAUGUGCUUCAUAUCGGAUAUUUAAAAGAUAAUAAUUUGGGCGGGGGCGACGGACGGACGGACGUUUUCUGGGACUGCAAAUUUGUAAUAGAAAAGGCAUUUGUGACAGUUUAAUAACAUUGGGUCACAGAGAGGCUAUGUGAUAUUAGCCUUGCUCUAAUCAGUGUUUUUAUAGUAGAAUAACUGGGAAGCCUGUGUUUUGGUUCUAAUUACUGUCAGAUGGGCUUCAGUCCUCAUUUAGGUUUGUAAAUAAAGUCAGAUCUUUUAUAUGAAAUAUGAUUUCUGGUACAAGUUGUAUAGGGUGCUGUAACAUACUGCUGGGGUGUAAAUGUCACUGGUGCUGUUCAGCUCUCUGUGAGAUAUAGAGUGUGAGAUGGGUGUGCUGCGGUUCCAUAAAUAACAAGCCUCUGUUGACAAUUUUAUAUAGCUGCUGAGGUUCUAUCAUUUAUAGCUACUUCAAAGAGUUUUUCAGAAGUUCAGUUUUUUGAAAACUGACCUAGGUUAUUGGUGCCUUUUUCUGACUGGUCGAUAGGUCUGGUACAUUGUAAUUGGGUCUAACUCCAGUCAUUUAUUUAUUUAUUUUUUCAAAUUAAUUCACUCUUUUUUUAUGCCUGCUAUUUGUGUAAUCAGAUGAGUAUGGCAGUGUUACAGCAUCCUUACUGAGGAACAUUUUAAUUUGCUCACACAACCAGAGUUUCCAUGAAAGCAAGUGCUUUGACCCCCAAUUGCUAUCCACUGAGUUUAACAGUACUCAAAUAACUCAUAAGCUACGCAUUUUAAUACUCUGGCACUGCUGCUUUAGUUAUUGUUUGAUUCUCUCAGAAUCUGUGAUUACAAAAAAAACAGGUGGUUUGUUGUCAGUCCAGAGUGGUGUGAUUGGAUAAAAGCAGUUAUUAUAAGAUGUAUAGCAAUCCUUCUGGAACUCUGCAUAAAGCUGAAAACAUUUAGUCCCAACCCAAUAGGAAAGGUUUGUCUUCUUACAUAACUUUGUGAAAUGGUUUUACUGUUCAACACAAGUAAUGGAAUUUGACUGAGAGCAUAAUAGCAUAUAGCUGUAAUGUCAGUAGAAUAUCUAAAAAUAUGUGUUUAUCCAUAAAAACCCUUAAAAACAUACACCACUAGUAUAUCGUAGUCAUUAACUGGAAUGGUCUCUGGACAAUGUGACUGGCAGCUUUGUAAAAUGGCUGCUGAAAGGGUAAGCUUUCUUGUCUCACCCACAAUCAAACUUGGACCUAAAGAACUGUAUAAUAUAGUUUUUUUUCUGACUAAAUGUGUUUGGUCUUCAUCACCCAGAACCAUAAAAGUUCUGAAUAGGUAUUAUGCCACAGGUCAAAGUGAAGGGUACAUUUUUGCAGAGGAAUUUCCCUAAAAUCGUAAAUAUGAGGUAAAUUUGUACCCUUGUCUCCGCAACAAUGC